GCCUUGGCUGUUAUAUAAAGAGACUGGGACACUGUGUACCUUCCCAUUCUGAUUCUGCCCAAAGUUCACCAGCCCACAGAACCAACAUGCCUGCAAACUUCAAUGGCAAAUGGGAGAUGGAGAGCAGUGAGAACUUUGAGGAUUACUUGAAAGCACUGAGUAAGAACUUUCUUCAUUAUCUCUAUGGAUUACUACAAUGGAAUAUAUAAUAUUUUUCCAUCCAUCUGCAGAGAAGGAUGAUAAGAAAAGGGGAUGUACUAGUACCUGUGCAAUGUGCAUGACCACUGCCAAUAUGUUGUAACUGUAUAAUGUAACAAUAUGAAGGUCUAUUGUGCAUUAGAGUUAGAUACUACCUUCAGCAGGAUUAACUGAGAGAUUCACAUAGGAACCACCUCAAUCUGCUGUGCAAUAUGUAAAAUGUAUAGUGGUGCAACAUUGCAUACCGGUAUGUUGCUUUGAUUAUAUAUUUUACAUAGAGCUAAAAGGUUCAACUCAAGUAUUGCUAGUGUCCUUUUAGACAGCUUUGAUGUCAUAAACGUGUUAUUAUUUUCAGUUACAUCAUUAUUACUCAAAUGUUACGUGUGAUUUGAUCCUUCCUACUUUUUCAUGCUUUUCCACAUUUUAAAUUUUUUACGACAGACAUUGACUUUGCCACACGCAAAAUCGCAGUGCACCUGGCCCAGACCAAAGUGAUCAUCCAGGAUGGAGACAAGUUUGAAAUCAAGACGCUGAGCACAUUCAGGAACUAUGAGUUCAUGUUCACUGUGGGGGUGGAGUUUGAGGAGCACACCAAAGGACUGGACAACAGGGUGGUCAAGGUUGGACACGUGGGCUAUGUUCGAAUACUUAUACAAUGCAUCCUUCCUUGCUCUCUUUUUGGAUGUACAUGUAAUCACUGCUGAUCUAACGUGAUUAGCUAGAUGUAAGCAAGGAUUUAAUACAAUAAAAAGUCCAGUCACAUUAAUGAUUACUUCAAAUAAGGAAGAAAGGAAGGAUGUAGCUUUAAAAUAUUUGAACAUAAUCUCAGAAUGGUCCAUCUAAUCCUCAUCUUCCUCCUCUGUUUUAUCUUCUUCUUCUUCUUCUUCUUCUUCUUCUUCUUCUUCUUCUUCUUCUUCUUCUUCUUCUUAUUAUUAUUAUUAUUAUUAUUAUUAUUAUUAUUAUUAUUAUUAUAUUUUGCUACUUUAUUGAUUGUUUCUUUUUUUCUGUCCUCAGACCUUGGAUAAUAGCUUUUUCACUUCUGUGUUACAAAUGUGGUUUCCUUUAUAGCCAGACACUGACAAUUCAUGUCAAUUUUGACUGUAUCUUAACAGGCUCUUGUGGUGUGUGAGGGGGACAAACUAGUGUGUACCCAGAAGGGGGAAAAGGACAACCGUGGGUGGAAGCAAUGGAUUGAAGGAGACAAACUGUACCUGGUGGGUUAACAUUAUUUACUUAAAUUAUCAUUUUGAUGAUAAGUUAUACUGUAGUAUUAAAGAAAUAGCAGUAUAGUAUCGCCAUCCUUAACAUUGCAGAUAUAAAUAUUAAUCUGGGCCUGAAAUUAUUCCAUACUCUGCAUGAAAGAGAACAUGUCAGUGCAGCACGUCAGACAGUUCUGUACUUCUACUGUAUCUCAAGAUUCUCUAAAUGUUGCACCUUCCUCAUGAGCUGAUGAACAGCAUAGAGAUAUCGCCAUGUGCAGAAUAUAAAUGGAUGUGCAACUUCUUUUACAGACAGGAGAAUGAAAUUCCUAGGUAGCAUCAAAGAUGGUGGAUUAUAAAAAUGACCCAAAAAGGCCUUUUACCAUUAAACUUUUCUACCAGUCUACUUAAGGGGUGGAUCUCCCAUAGGCACCAAUGCGAUAGCCUUUCUACUUAAUUCAUUCGCCACGCACCAAUCAGAAAAAAAGGAGCCUAUGAAAUGUCUUACUUUCUCUAUCAUCUCUGGUAGCAUCUCAAUGGUCCUUUCCUUAAUUUGCACUGAUCGACCAGGACUAACCUGUUCCUUCAAAGAGACUGAGAUAAGGCGAUGAAUAUGGCACCCCAGCUCCCAAUCCCAAACUUGAUAUCUGACUUCAGACUGAGAUCUGACUUCAGAUUUCUUCUCUCUGAAUUCACAGGAACUGACGUGUGAGGACAAAGUCUGCAUGCAGGUGUUUAAGAAAAAAGAAUAAAAGACAAUAUCUGGAUAUCAGUUACUGGAUUCAUCCACUUUUUCAUACCUUCUGUCAAUAUAGUAAACUCCUGUUGUUACCCUUUAAACUUGUCAUAUGGUUUCAAACUCACAAGGAAAUCUGAAUAAAGCAUUGUAUAUUGUUCACUCUUCUAA